GCGAUGGAGUCGGAUUGGUCUGCGGCGCAGGUAGGCCGGCUCGCGAACGACGGCCUCGUGUCUCUCGGGGACAUCCUUCCGCUGCGGCAGCCGUGGUCGCAGGAGUGGCUCCAGGCGCGGUGGGGGCCUACCACGUGGCGUUUCCACAGGGCGUGGUGCACGGCGAGGGUCGCGCUGUGCAUCCCAAGCGCGGUCGCCGACAUCGUCUCGGUCGAGCCCUGCCCCCUCUGUGGCGGCUUCACGACGACCCUCGCGCACCUGGUGGAGGCAUGUGCUCCCGUGCUGGGCUGGGCCCUGGCCCCUGACGGGGACCUGGAUGUCCUCGCGGCCCGGGUGCGGCUGGUCGGGGCUGCCGCUAGGGCUUACGUCAGCGCGCGCGUGCG